ACGAUCGAGCUAUAUUGGACCGAGUAAUUCCAUUGAAUUGAACACUUCAGCAACGACUGGUUUUGUGAGAGCUUUUUUUUUUUUUUAUGGCAUAUUGCAUAAGCAGUCAACGCUUUAAUAACCGUUCGUGAAUGACGACCAUCCAUUAGAGUAAUAUAUACUAUCAAGAUGACAACAGCAAAACAGGCAAAUGGUUGCAGAAUAACCGACAUAAUUAUAUCUACUUUCGAGUCAAUAUUUAUAAGAAUUGGCUCAUUUGUUGGUAGAUAUCCGAUAGCAUGCAUAAUUGUGUCUAUAGUUAUAACUAUGGGUUUUGGAGGUGGAAUCGCGAUGCUUAAAAACGAAAACAGACGAGAGAAUCUCUGGGUACCUUCGGGAUCUGACAACCAAGACUACCGUUUAUACGUCACUGAAUAUUAUAAAGAUCCAUUCUUUGAGACAUUAAUCUUUGAAAAUGAUAAUAUUUUGACACCAGAAUCACUGAAGUCUAUGCUUAAGGUUGAUGAAAAAAUCAAAGCAAUUAAUGUUGGAAGAAACUGGGAAUCUAUCUGUUUCAGGCUCGGAGACAGCUGUUUUGUUUCUAGUAUCUUAGAACUGUGGGGGUUUAAUAAAACUAUAAUAGAUGGUUUAUCACAGCAGGACAUUCUUGACAAGAUAAAUGAGCCUAAUCCAAUAAGUCUUGUGACGUUUAGGGAAGUGAAUGUGGCAUCAAUGCUGGGUGGCGUCGAUGAUGAAACAUACAUCCGUGUUGCCAAAACAGCCGUGAGCACUUACGGCGUUAUAGAUAAAAGCGUAUUUGAUGAAUCCAAAGGGAAAUACGUUGACAAAGAUGCCGAAGACUGGGAACUGAAAUUCAUCGAAAUUGGAACUGAUGACUACGAAGACAUGACUGUCUAUUGUCUCGCAACCUCGAGCUUUGAUAUUGAGUCUGGGGGCUCUAUCGGUGGUGAUACAUAUUUCCUCGCUGGUGGCUACGGUCUUUUAUUCAUCUACAUCGCAGUGAUGCUAAGCAACUUCACUUUGAUAGAGCAUAAAGUGUACAUUGCACUAAGCGGCGUCACCACUGUUGGCCUAGCCGUAGUUGUAUCCAUUGGCUUUGGAUCGUAUUUGGGGCUGAUCUAUACACCUGUCCACUCCAUCUUGCCUUUCCUUUUACUUGGAAUCGGUGUGGAUGAUAUGUUUGUAAUUGUGCAGGCCUGGUCAAAUUUGAGCGAAGGGGAGAAAAAGAAACCCGUCCACGAACAAUGUUCACUCGCUUUAAAACAUGCAGGUGUAUCCAUCACCGUUACAUCUAUAACAGACUUUAGCGCCUUCGUAAUCGGAGCAACUACCAUUUUACCGGCACUGCGUUCAUUCUGCCUUUACUGCGGCAUCGGUAUCCUUUUCUUGUUCAUAUUCAGCAUUCUGUUCUUUACAGCAACGCUUUCGUUAGAUCAGCGACGAAUCAACAGCAGGCGUAACGCCUGCUGCUGUUGUAUUCAGUAUGGAGAUGACUACGAACCGUCAGAAUGUGGCCAGAAGAAUAGGUUCCAGAGGUUUUUUGAAGUAGUAUAUGCACCUUUUCUGAUGAAAACUCCUGUUAAAGUUGUAGUCUUGAUCAUCACUGCCUGUUUCCUUGGCUUUGGAAUAUGGGGUUUCAUUGAAUUAGAACAGUUUUUUGAUUUCCGGUGGUUCUUGCCUGCUGACAGUUACGCAACAGAAUUUAUAGACGCCAGCGAACUCUAUUACCCACAGGGAGGUCUGUCGUCAGGAAUUUACCUAAACAAUAUUGACAUGUUUCGUGAUCGUUCCACGGUAGAUGCCCUCUACAACAAUGUGAAAGACGAGAAAUACGUUGAUUCGUCAUCAUUUUCCAACUGGUAUGAAGAGUUCGGACAGUGGAUUGAGGAAAAUAAAGCUAACGAACAGGAAUACAACAACUUAACUAUGUGGCCUGACACGGAGCAAGCAUUUCAAAGCUGGGUACAGGAGUUUCUUCGUGACCCUAUGGGUGGUGUUACUUAUACAUCCGAUGUCAUUAUUAAUGACGAAUCGAACACAUUUGAAAUUAUUACUUCUCGAAUCACUUUCCAGCACGUCGUUUUCAAAGGAUCAAAAGAGGAAGUUGAAGCUAUGGACUCUAUACAGGCGUUAGUGGACAGCUAUGAUUUUGAAGGGGACGGCUAUGCCUUUGCUUACUCACAAUUUUACCUGGAUUAUGAAACGAAUAAGGUAAUUCAAGAUGAAUUAUACCGGAAUAUGGGGCUCGCCUGCCUGUGUGUGUUUGUUGUCAUUUUGCUGCUGCUUGCCAAUUUACAAGCUUGCUGUCUCGUGUUUCUAUCGGUCUUUCUUACUCUGAUUGAUCUUGCUGGAUUUAUUCAUCACUGGGGACUUACUAUCGAUACGGUAGUCACCAUCCAACUCAUAUUGUCGAUUGGUAUCGCUGUUGAUUAUGCCGCUCACAUUGGUCACACGUUCCUAACUGUAACAGGAACGAAAAAUGAACGUGCUCGAAAAGCGAUAACGGACAUUGGGCCUGCUGUCUUCAACGGUGGAUUUAGUACACUAUUAGCUUUCGUUUUGUUAUCACUAUCAAGUUCUUAUAUAUUUAGAACAUUUUUUAAGAUAUUUUUCCUGGUUGUUUUAUUCGGUUUGUUCCAUGGCCUAGUUUUGCUUCCAGUCCUACUCAGCUGGAUUGGUCCUGCUCCAUAUGCAUCGGCGGUUCAAGUUGAUGCUGCAAUCUCCACUCAGAAUGGCUCUGUAAAGAGUAACUCAAGUAAAGACCAAAGUAACAACGCCACCAACGGAACAAUCGUCAACUCAGGGUCGCCCUCAGAGAAAGCCAACUUCGAUAACCCAGCAUAUGAUGGCGAGGUUGCCAGUGUACCACUUAGUGCUGAAGAAAAGUUACAAAUGAAGGAUGUAGUUUAAAUAUAAUAUCUUAUUAUUUUUAAAUUUAUGGUAAAUUUCAUAAUUUAACAAUUAUAUUAUUACUUAUUUUGUACAUUUAAUUACAUAGAUUGAUAAACAUACAUUCCAUUGAGUUUUGGUUAAGAGGCCGUAAAUAUUUUAUGUAACAUUAAAUUAUAUUAUAAUAUUUAAAUUUUUUAUAAUAGGCCUACCUGGACCUUUUCGCUAAUGUGACGGCUAGAAAUGAUACAGCGCAUUCUGCGAAGGGUGGAGUGGAUAGAAGGAGGCAGAGGUGGCGUGAGAGGAAUAAAGAUGGAUGACGAGAAUGUA